AUGUCGUUUAGUCUCGACGCGAGCUGGUGGUUGACGAGUGACGGUGACUGUUCUGUGGUGUGCAGGAGCUGCCGCUGGCACCAGAGGAUGCGCAGCGCUGGCGCGUGUGUGGCGCUGUGGCUGGCGCCAGCCUGCCUGCUGGCGGCGCGACCCGACGCCCGCCUCGACGCCGUGCGACGCCUGCUGGCCGACGCUCCGCUCGUCGACGGACACAACGACCUUCCGUGGAACAUCCGCAAGUUCCUGAAGAACCAGCUGCGCGACUUCCCCUUCCACGAGGACCUACGCUCGGUGCCGCCCUGGUCCCACAGCGCCUGGUCGCACACCGACCUGCCGCGCCUCCGCCAGGGGAUGGUCGCAGCCCAGUUCUGGUCGGCCUACGUGCCCUGUUCGGCGCAGCACUUGGACGCCGUGACGCUCGUGCUGGAACAGGUGGACGUCAUCCGCAGGCUGGUGGAGCGCUACCCCAGGGACCUGGCCCUCGUCACCAGCGCCAGAGGCAUAGAGGAGGCGCACGCGGCCGGCGUGCUGGCGUGCCUGGUGGGGGUGGAGGGGGGCCACGCCCUGGGCAGCAGCCUGGCCGUGCUGCGCGGCCUGCACGCGCUCGGCGCGCGCUACCUCACGCUCACGCACGCCUGCAACACGCCUUGGGCAGACUGCUCCAUAGUUGACGAGCCUGGGAGGAUACCAAUCCUGGGAGGCCUCUCGAGCUUUGGAAAGCUGGUGGUGCGCGAGAUGAACCGCCUGGGCGUCAUGGUGGACGUGUCGCACGCGUCGGUGCCCACAAUGUUGGACGCGCUGCGAACCAGCCGCGCGCCCGUCAUCUUCUCGCACUCGGCCGCGCAUGCGCUCUGCAACAGCUCGCGCAACGUGCCCGACCACGUGCUCAGACUGCUGGCAGCCAACGGAGGAAUCGUGAUGGUUGCCUUCUACCCACAUUUCGUCAGCUGCAGCGAAUCUGCAUCGCUCCAGGAUGUUGCAGCGCACAUCGAGCACAUUCGGUCGGUGGCGGGGAUCGACCACGUGGGCCUCGGAGCUGGCUACGACGGAAUCAACAUCACGCCGCUGGGCCUGGAGGACGCGUCGCGCUACCCGCACCUGCUGGCCGAGCUGAUGGCGCGAGGCGGCUGGACCGAGGGGGACCUGCAGAAGCUGGCCGGCAGGAACCUCAUCAGGGUCUUCCGGGAGGCCGAGCGGGUUCGCGACCAGAUGGCGGCAUCGGGCGUGCAGCCGCUGGACGAGCGCAUCCCCGAAGAGGACGUGCGAGGCAGGACGUACUGCCGCAUGCCCGACGCCGCCCCCACCGGCUGCGAGUUGCGUCGCGGCGCUCGGGAACUGCCGUACGGCUAG